AUAAGUUAAGUAAUGGCGGCUAUAGUCAUCGCUGCUAUCGUUUCUUGUGUGUGAAAUAUUUUUUUUACUGUUUGAGUGACGUUUUUUUUGUAAAUCUAACUAUUGAAAUGUAACACAGAUUUGAUAAAUAUUAUUUAUUUACUUUAUAGAAGUCCUUAGAUCGCCAGAUAGGCAAAACCUAACGAAAUGUCUAGUGAUGAAGACAAACCCCCUGCGCCGCCAGUGCGCCUCACAAGUAAUAGAGCUACAGACCGUGGGGAUUCAGUGGCCUCUGUUGACAUGAGACCGCUGCCUAAAGAACCUGAUGAUGGAAGCGACAGAAAGAAGAAAACACUUAAAGCUAAGAUAAAGGGUUCCAAAAGCACUGCUCACAAUGAUAAUAAACCAAACAUUAGCUAUCCAACUAAUUUUGAACACACGGUACAUGUGGGCUUUGAUGCUGUUACUGGUGAAUUCACAGGUAUGCCGGAAGCAUGGGCACGGUUGUUGAUGGCGUCAAAUAUCAGUAAGCAGGAACAGAAGAGUAAUCCUCAAGCUGUCCUUGACGUACUAAAGUGGUAUGAUGCUUCGGCUACACAGCCACCACCUUCCAAAUAUAUGACGUCAGCACAGAUGCACACUACUCAUUCAGGUUCGUCAGUGUCCAGAGUUUCAUCUAGUAGUCCAUCAUCAUCAACACCCACAGAUACAGAACAUCCUGAACCUCCACCCCCUCCACCUUCUAGACCUGACCGCACUAAGAGUAUUUAUACAAAGCCUAUAGAAGAAGAAGAAACGCCGCCGCCGCGACCGGCUCCCGCCCCCGCGUCCCCUCCGCACGUGCCUCACCCAGCCCUGACUACACUCUCGAUAUGUUCCCGGUCGGAGGCUGGCGGUGCUCCGUCGCUAGACCGCAACAGGAACCCGGCGGGCGCGGGGGCGGCCGCACCGCAGACCCCGCCCCCGCACCAACCCCACCCACCGCCCGCCGCCCACGUCCCGCCCGCUAACGGCGCCCCCCUCACCACUGACACGGGACGAGCGACAGGUCAGCAGCAAAGGAAAAAGAAAAUGACAGAUGAAGAAAUUUUAGAAAAAUUACGAACAAUCGUCAGCGUCGGCGAUCCCAAUAGGAAAUAUACCAAAAUGGAAAAAAUCGGCCAAGGGGCAUCGGGCACAGUAUAUACCGCGAUCGAGACAUCGACGGGUAUGGAAGUGGCGAUCAAGCAAAUGAACUUAGGUCAACAACCCAAGAAAGAGCUCAUAAUAAACGAGAUUCUCGUUAUGCGGGAGAACAAACACAACAACGUGGUUAACUACCUCGACAGUUAUCUAGUUAAUGAGGAAUUGUGGGUAGUAAUGGAGUAUCUGGCGGGCGGUUCUCUAACGGACGUAGUAACCGAGACGUGUAUGGACGAGGGUCAGAUAGCGGCUGUGUGCCGCGAGGUGUUACAAGCUCUACACUUUCUGCAUACUAACCACGUCAUACAUAGGGACAUCAAAUCGGAUAACAUACUGCUUGGAUUAGAUGGACAAGUCAAACUAACUGACUUCGGCUUCUGUGCGCAAAUAUCUCCUGAGCAAAAUAAAAGGACAACUAUGGUCGGUACACCUUAUUGGAUGGCACCAGAAGUUGUAACGAGAAAGCAGUAUGGACCUAAAGUGGACGUGUGGUCAUUGGGGAUAAUGGCCAUAGAGAUGAUAGAGGGCGAGCCGCCGUAUCUCAACGAGAAUCCGCUAAGGGCGCUGUAUUUGAUAGCGACAAACGGUAAACCGGACAUCAAAGAGAAGGAGAAACUCAGCACAGUCUUCCAGGAUUUCCUCGAUCAGUGUCUAGAAGUCGAUGUGGAUAGACGUGCCACAGCGCUAGAUUUACUCAAGCAUCCGUUCCUAAAGUUGGCCCGUCCGUUGGCGUCACUGACACCGCUGAUCAUGGCGGCGAAGGAGGCGGCCAAGGGACAUUAG